AUGGCUGCCACGGACGUUGACGUGUUUUCGAAUGAAGAGAAGCGUAGCCUGAACUUGGGCGGCCAUGUUGGUUUUGACAGCCUUCCUGACCAACUGGUCAGCAAAUCGGUCACACAGGGAUUCUGCUUUAACAUUCUCUGCGUCGGAGAGACUGGUAUUGGCAAGUCCACACUUAUGAACACACUAUUCAACACCAUGUUUGAGAAUGAGGAGGCGAGUCAUUACCAGAACGGCGUCUACCUGAGGCCGCGAACCUACGACCUGCAGGAAAGCAACGUCCACCUGAAGCUGACGAUUGUUGACACCGUUGGCUUUGGUGAUCAGAUCAACAAAGAAGACAGCUACAAGCCCAUUGUUGACUACAUUGACACUCAGUUUGAAAACUAUCUCCAAGAAGAACUGAAGAUCAAACGCUCGCUCUUCAACUAUCAUGACACCAGGAUCCACAUCUGCCUUUACUUCAUUGCACCUACGGGACAUUCCCUCAAGUCUUUGGACCUUGUCACUAUGAAAAAACUGGACAGCAAGGUCAACAUCAUUCCUAUUAUUGCCAAAGCAGACACAAUCUCCAAGAGUGAGCUGCACAAGUUCAAAAUAAAAAUAAUGAGUGAGCUGGUGAGCAACGGAGUGCAGAUCUAUCAGUUCCCAACUGACGACGAAGCCGUCAGCGAGAUCAACGCCUCCAUGAACGCCCAUCUGCCGUUUGCUGUGGUCGGCAGUGUGGAGGAGGUCAAAGUGGGCAACAAAACAGUGAGGGCCAGACAGUACCCCUGGGGCGUGGUGCAAGUUGAAAAUGAGAGCCACUGUGACUUUGUUAAACUCAGAGAGAUGCUGAUCAGGGUCAACAUGGAGGAUCUGAGGGAGCAGACUCACGCUCGCCACUACGAGCUGUAUCGACGCUGCAAGUUGGAGGAGAUGGGCUUCAAAGAUACAGACCCAGACAGUGAGCCCUUCAGUCUACAAGAGACAUACGAGGCCAAGAGGAAAGAGUUUUUAGGCGACCUGCAGCGUAAAGAGGAAGAAAUGAGGCAGAUGUUUGUCAACAAAGUCAGAGAGACAGAAGCAGAGCUAAAAGAAAAAGAGCGAGAGCUGCAUGACAAGUUUGAGCAGCUGAAGCGGAUGCAUCAGGAGGAGAAGAGGAAGGUGGAGGAGAAGCGGAGGGAUCUGGAGGAGGAGAUGAAUGCCUUCAACAGGAAGAAGGUGGCAGCUGAGACACUCUCCUUAUCUCAGCAGCUCAAGAAAGAUAAGGACAAGAAAAAUCUGAUCCUGUUGACUUUUUCUACUCCAGCCCUAAAUCCUGAAAUGAUGUCCCUGUUUCUCUGCAGUCAUGCCUUGGCUUCCUGGUUCCUUUUUCUUUCAGUCUUGAAGCUGAAUGUGUUUGACAGAGCGUUGCACUAAUGAGCCUUAAGUUGAAUGUGCUCUGCUGUUGUGGACUUAUCUCCCACUCACAAGCAUCUCAGCCAUUGUAAAGACCUGGCAUGUGGUAAAGAAACUUCCCUUUAUGUCCUGUCCAGGCUUAACAUUUCCUGUGCUUUCACUCUGUCCCUUUGCCUGGCUCUAAUUAUUCAGGAUGUUCAGGGAGGAGACAGUAAACCUACUGUCUCAGACAAUGGUACACUUGGCUGCCAAGUGACUGGUGCAGAAUUAUAACCCAUGUGGUCUCAGGGUGUGCUGACGCUGCAUUUAGUCUUUCUAAAAGGGCUGUCGAAAUUUAUAAGUAAAUUGUGUUCAUAAGAGGUACACGUGUUUAUGCAAAGUACUCUAUAUGCUAACAGACAUUCAGUACACAAAUUGUAAGUGGCACAUACUGCCGGAAGGAGUUUCAGUUUAACUGAACUGUAGAUUAUUAAUAUUGUUAAGGAAUACAAGCUAAUGGCACAGGUAUGACAUCGAUCCAUCAACUCUGUGAAGCUGAAGUUUGAGUUAUUGUUUUGUUUGUUUGUUUCCUCAAUAUUUUUCCAUACUAAUAAUUAUUUUAUUUGAUUUAGUCACAUACAAAUCAAAUUGUGUGAAACACAAACAUCAGCCUGCUGUUAUUUAAGUGACAUAAAGUUAUAAUAAUUUUCCUUAAUAAAUCAUUAAUCCACAGAUUAACAUUAGAAUAGCAAAGAAACCAAUGGAUUUAUUUCUAUUGUGUAAUUGACACCAACAAUGUUAAAACAGUCCUGUGAAGGCAGCAGUGAAAUUUAAAAAGUAACAUUUUCUUUGAGUGCAUUUUAGAGAAUUUAAGUCCUGUCUUUAUUUGGGUUUAGUGGCCUGUGAGAGGGCUACAAAAAUUGUACAUUGAAUAAGGCUCAAGCUUUGGCAUACGCAAGGUGUAAGGCGCCCUCUGCUGGACUGCUUGUGUACUACUUGAGACAGUAGGCUGCAGUGAGCAGGGUUUAACACUUAAAUAUUAGAAUUGACUACUACGUUAAAAAAAGAUCUUUAAGCUUUGUGCUAAACCCGACCAUUGUACUUUACAGCAAUAUUUUUUCAUAAAGUAAUGAUCUGAUCUCUGACUCAUUUUUAAGGAAACGUUUUUUAAAGUCUAUUUUAAAUCUGUAAAUGUAGUUUUUAAAUAUAAUUUUUAGGUUACAGACUAUCUAUCUAAAUAAUGUAGUAGUCAGUUAAGAAUUAAGCUAAGGACCAGUGGCUCCACCUUGUGGCUGCUAAGUUUGUGGUUUGUGGAGUAGGGGAUUCCACACAUUCUUAGCUCGUCAACGUGUCGAUCGUGACACAUUUUUUGUUGCCGGUGAAUUCCGGAGAACCAGAGUUAAUAGUAAAAGAAAAAUAAGCUUUCAUCACUUACAGCUCACAGCUUUUUCCUGUUCACUUACCCGAGCUGUGGCUUUUAUUUUUCCCCUUUCUUUGAUUCAACUUUACAUACUUUCCUUCUCUGAAAAAUUCCCCAUGUUCGUUUCAUUCCAGCAAUCAUUUGAUUUCUUUUGUUGUU